AAAAGCCCAGACUUUUGCAGUGGAUCUGGUAAUACUGCUACACGUGGUUAUCAUCGAUGUAAAAAAAUACUGCACUUGGAUGCGUUUGACAUACAUGUAUAAUAAAGUAAUAAAAUAAUAAAGUUUGAUUAAAAUAUAAGUGUGUCUAUAUGAACAAGAUGGAAUCAAAUAAAGAAAUUGAACCAAAAUUGAAAAAUUUCCAAGAAUUAGAGCUGGACGACAGAGUAUUGAAGUUCUUGAUGCCGUUGGACCUUUGGAAAAAUUCAAAAUGGCGGAUCCAAUAUCACGACUAGAAUGGAAAAACCUUUUGAAAAAAUGCCUAAUAACGCUAUCACGAAAUUAGGCUGGAUGGAGCCUACAUUAAUUCAAGAAAAAGCGAUUCCUCUGUUACUGGAAGGAAAGGAUCUUUUAAUUAGGGCCCGUACAGGUUCGGGCAAAACUGCUGCCUUUGCAAUACCACUUAUUCAGAAAAUAUUAUCAAAUAAACGAACACAAGAAAAGCAGGAGAUUAAGGGUUUAAUUAUUGCACCUAGUAAGGAGCUAUGCAAGCAAAUUUACCAUGUUAUCUUGAGCCUGACAAUAAAAUGCUGCAGAGAAGUCAGAACAGUUGAUCUUAGUUCACAAACGGAUUUUAAUGCUCAGAAACUUUUACUGAGCGAAAUGCCGGACAUCGUUGUGGUUACUCCGAGUCGAUUAUUACAGCAUUUAAAAACAAAAAAUUUAAUGCUGAAACGUAGUCUUGAUACAUUAAUAAUUGACGAAGCUGACUUACUGUUUUCAUUUGGUUACGAAAAGGACUUAAAAGCUGUAUUGACAUAUCUACCAACAGCAUAUCAAGCAGUUUUGGCAUCUGCCACAUUGUCGGAGGAUGUUCAAACUUUGAAAAAGUUAAUUCUACAUAAUCCUGCAAUUUUAAAACUGAAAGAGCCACCUCUAGCUCCUCCUACACAAUUAGCUCAUUACACUUUAGCUGCAGAGGAAAACGAUAAAGCUGCUAUUUUAUACGCCUUAUUGAAGUUACAUUUAAUUAGGGGAAAGUCUAUAAUUUUUGUACACACUGUAGACAGAUGUUACAAGCUGAAAUUGUUCCUAGAGCAGUUUGGUAUUCCAACUUGUGUUUUAAAUUCCGAGCUUCCAGCAACCUCGAGAUGUAGAGCGGUUUCCUAUUUUAACACUGGCACUUACGACAUUAUAAUAGCAUCAGAUGAAAAAGUGUUAGAAGAGCCGCAUAUGAUAAAAAUGAAAAAAAGUAAACGUAAGAAAGACAAGGAAUCGGGUGUAGCACGCGGUAUCGACUUUCAGUUUGUAUCCAAUGUGAUCAACUUUGACUUCCCCUUGGAUUUAAACUCUUACGUACACAGAGCGGGACGCACUGCUCGUGGAAAGAAUCAAGGAACUGCUCUUAGUUUUGUAGCCAUUAGAGAAAGGCCGUUGAUGGAAGAAGUGGAACAGGAAUUAAAGCACACUUACAAUUGUGAAAAUCUGUUUAAAACUUAUCAGUUUAAAUUGGAGGAAGUAGAAGGAUUUCGAUAUCGUGCGAAAGACGCUUGGAAAGCCGUUACAAGAAUUGCUGUCCGAGAAGCGCGAUUGAAAGAAAUUAAACAGGAAGUCAUGAGUUGCGAGAAGCUAAAAAGUUAUUUUGAGGAUAAUCCACGUGAUUUGAAGUCAUUACGUCAAGACAAGACAUUGCAUAUUGUGAAACUGCAACCGCAUCUGAAAGAUGUACCAGAAUAUAUAGUACCAUCCACCUUGAAGAAAAUCAUAGGAAUCGGAAGAAGAAAAAGAAAAUUUGACAGGGACUCUGCAUCGUCAGGAGGAUCGAUUGCUAAAUCAAGACAUCUAGCUCGCGCUUUGAAUCCAUUGAAUCCAUCGAAUCCAAAUUUACAGAUACCGACAAAUAAAUCUUUGUAAAUUAAUUCAAUACAUAAGUUUAGAUUAUGAUGUAUGGUUAAUUAUGUAUUCAUAAAUAUAUAUAAAUAUACACAGGAAAACUGAUUCUUUGAAGGACUAUAUAAAAAUCGAUUUUUUUUAAAUUUUAUUGUAUUAUUACUGUAUACUAUUUUAUUUUACUGUAUCAUAUUGUAUUAUUUUUAAUGUACGUUGUUUUAAGGCAAUAAAUAGGCCUAGAUAGGUCAAAACGAGUCUUAA